CCUAGUUUGAAAUUUGAAUUAAUGUGUGGGUAAAUUGCUCUAUCUUACAAAAAUUUACUUAUUCUGAAUAGCAAUUAGCAUUUAGCUGAGGAACAAUUAGCCUAAAUGGCAUCCAAAAAGCCUAUACCUGGAAAUAAACAGAAUUCGAUAUUUAAUUACAUUAAGAAAAAUGAUGGUAAUUCAAGGGAUGAAACAAACAAAAACAAAGAUCAAAAUACAGAAAAGAAAUCAAAGUUUGUGUGGAAAUCAAGAUCUUCAUCCACAAGUAAUUUCACUCCGCCAUUAAAAAAAACAAUUGGAGAUGAUAUUAAGAAUAUAAAUAGAGAUCCACAAGCAAAACCUGAUUAUAUUUCAUCACCUCAAUUGAAUAAUAUAAAAACUAAUAUCAAUGUUGAGAAUCAUAGUGGUGAUAUGUUUGAUGCAAUGGAUGUGGACGAUAUUCCAAGUGAAUUUAAAGAAGACAAUAAAUCAGCAGAAUUAAGCAAAUCAAUUAGGAUAAGUGCUACACCAUCUCCACAAAAAGCAGAAACAGAAGUAAAAGUUAAAGAGAAAUUAUUAAAAACUCCACAAAAAUUAAGUCCCAAGAUAGACAAAGAUCCAUUAAAGAAUUUGAAAUUAGAUAGUUCUUUAUCAGAAUUCUUAUCAAGUAUAGCACAGCAUCCAGCAUUAAAUAAGGAAAAGCAGAAAAAAGUUUUCACACAUGAUGAUAUAGACAAAUGUAAGACAAUGUACAUUGAAAUAUUAGAAAAAAUCAGUGACGCAUUUAAUAGAAUACCAAAUUGUAUCAAAGAAAAGUUUCCAGGUUAUGACAGUAAAACAUAUGCAAAAAUGAAUUACCUCAAAUCAAAAUUAAAAUCUGUUUUACAACAUAAACCUAAUGAUACAUUGCAAUCGUCCUCAGAAACAAUAAAUACUAGUUGUGAAGCUAAUGGUAGGGAGAGCCCAUCUAUAUUACAAAGUGAUGCCAAUGAUCUUGACGAUUUUGAAGUAUCUAGUCAAUUAAGAGCUAAAAUAUUAGAAAACAAAGGUGCUGUAAAUAUCCUUGAAACAUCUACACCAGAUAUGCAUAGUUUUAAUAAAAACCCACCAACAAAGACAAUAUAUUCCGAUCUUAUAGCUAAGAAAACUUUAUCCUUUGAUGCUUUUUCACCUUGCAAUGAUUCUGCUAAAAGCAUUAAUUCUAGCGUUAAUUCUGUUGACAAUUUAAACACGUCAGACAAUCCUAAAACUAAAGGCAAAUUUGUUUUUAAAAGACCCUCAAUGGCUACAGAUAAUUCAAACAAAAAUGCAUCAGACAAGGAUGUGCCUUCAAGUACUUUUGAAAGACUUAAACUUGCAUCAGAGAAGUUGUUGCCAUAUCAACCAGAAGAAGCGCCUAAAUGUUCUCCUAUAGCAAAUAGUUCGAUUGCAUUUCAACCACCUCAGUUAAGCAAGAGUGCUUUGAUGAAUUAUGCUAAGCCGUGUACUGUAGUUUCGCCUAUUGUUAAAGACAGUUCAAAUGAUACUGAAUACGAGGAGACAGAUGAUUAUGAGGUUCCAUUAGACAUAGAUGAGGUGGCAGAUAUAAUGCCUGAAGAUUCUAGAACGAGUGUGAUAAAUAUAAGUGAUUCAAUUCCAAGCUCCAGUAAUGUAGUUGAUGAUGAUGGGUGGCCAGAAUAUAGGCCGGAAGACUUUGAAGAUGUUAUGGAAGUUCCGAAAGAUACUAAUGAAGUAACAAAGGAAGAAAUUAAUUUAAUGGACGAGACAAUAGCUGAUGUACCUAAAUACGAAGGAAUGGGCGAUUUUCAUGCUGGCACACAAAAUGAUGGCAUUACUGGUGAAUUUGAUGGUUUAAAUUAUCCACAUUCUGAUCUAAUGAUGGAAAUGUUCAGGGAAAAAUUUGGAUUAAAAUCUUUUCGACCCAACCAAUUGCAAGUGAUCAAUGCUACACUGUUAGGUCACGAUUGUUUCGUGCUUAUGCCUACUGGCGGAGGCAAAUCAUUAUGCUAUCAAUUGCCGGCAAUUUUGACUCCUGGUGUGACAAUAGUAAUUUCUCCAUUGAAGUCACUUAUUCUUGAUCAAGUGAACAAAUUGUUGUCUUUAGAUAUCCCAGCAGCUCACUUAUCAGGCGACAUAUCGUUGGCGGAUGUGGAGGAAAUAUACCACAAGCUGUCCAUGAGGGAGCCUCCUAUCAAGCUGUUAUACGUGACUCCAGAGAAGGUCAGCAGUUCUCCAAAGUUUCAAAGCAUGCUGGAUAUGCUGUAUUCGAGGGGGAAGAUUGCCAGGUUUGUAAUAGACGAGGCACAUUGCGUAUCGCAGUGGGGCCACGAUUUCCGGCCGGACUACAAGCGGCUGUUCAUCUUACGAGAACGGUUUCCGCAGACUGGUGUCAUGGCGCUCACCGCUACGGCCACUCCGAGAGUGAGGAUGGAUAUUUUGCAUCAGCUGAAGGUAACAAACUGUAAAUGGUUUCUAAGCAGUUUCAACCGUCCCAACCUUUCCUACAGGAUACUGGAGAAGAAGCCCAAAAGUGUUAACCAGGAAAUUGCCAAGAUAAUAAGAGAAAAGUUUUUUAGAGACUCGGGCAUCGUAUACUGCCUAUCUCGCAAGGAGUGUGAGAGCUUAACAGUAGAUUUGCGCAAAGUGGGCAUACAGGCGGCCGCCUACCACGCCGGUCUUGCUGAUAAGAAACGGGAGGCUGUGCAAGCUGGAUGGGUCGCUGAUAAGUUUAAAGUGAUCUGCGCGACCAUCGCGUUCGGCAUGGGCGUGGACAAGGCGGACGUGCGCUACGUGAUCCACCACAGCCUGCCCAAGUCGGUGGAGGGCUACUACCAGGAGGCGGGCCGCGCCGGCCGCGACGGCGAGCCGGCGCACUGCCUGCUCUACUACUGCUACGGGGACGUCGUGCGCUACCGCCGGCUGCUCGAACUGGAGCGCAACACGACGGCGGAGGCGCGGCGCGUGCACGUGGAGAACCUGCUGCGCAUGGUGGAGGUGUGCGAGAGCGUGUCGGAGUGCCGCCGCGCGCAGGUGCUGGCCUACCUCGGCGAGCGGUACGCGCGCGCGCGCUGCCGCGCCGCCGCCGCCACCGCCUGCGACAACUGCCUCAAUGACAACCAGUACAAGCCGGUUGACGUGACGGAGGAGUGCAAAGCCAUAGUGCGCGCCAUCCGCUCGGCGGAGAGGAGCAGCUUCACGCUGCUGCACGUGGCGGACGCGCUGCGCGGCUCCACCCAGCAGCGCCUCGCCGCGCUCAGGGAUUCCCCGAUACAUGGCAAGUGCAAGGGGUGGGCGCGCGGCGACCCGCAGCGGCUGCUGCGGCAGCUGGUGGUGCGCGGCGUGCUGCGCGAGCGGCUCGCGCUCACCAACGACAUCGCCAGCGCCUACGUCGCGCUCGGCCCGCACGUCGACAAGCUUAUGUCAGGCAACAUUCGCGUAGUGUUCCCUAUGAAAGUGGAGAACAAAGCGAGUCUCGUGACGGCUGCGCCUGCGCAAAGCAACACCGACUCCACUGUGUCUGCGCUCAUUAAGAGGAUCGAGGAACGGUGCUAUGCUGAUUUGGUGGAAGCUUGCAGAGAGAUGGCGGCGGCGCGCGGCGCGUCGCUGUCGGCGGUGCUGCCGCAGGCCGCGCUGAAGGCGCUGGCGACGCGCCUGCCCGAGAGCGCCGCCGACGCGCUCGCGCUGCCGCACAUCACGCGCGCCAACUACGAUAAGUACGGCGAAGGCCUGCUCAAGAUCACCGCGGCCUACGCCGUGGAGAAGAUGGGUCUACUGAUGCAGUACCAAGAUGAAUUAGAAGAGGAGAAGAAGAAGGAAGACCAGGAAUUUCAGGGCGGCUCGGAGUCAGACACGGACUGGAGCGGGUUGGCGCGGAGUGCCGAGUGUAGCACCUCCUCGCAGAGGGGGAGGAAAACGUAUAGGGGAGGGGUCAGGAAGAGAUACAAGCGCAAGAAGACUCCCUCGUCAGCUAAGAAGAAGGCUUACCGGGGAGCCUUCACAGCGAGAGGCAGGUCCACCGCCGCCCGAGGCGCGGCUAAAAGUGGAGCGUCGGCAGGAACUAAACUAGGCACGAUGCCCAUACCGCGCGCCAACACCGCUUCGAACCCGCGCCCCGGGGUUUUCAAUCCCUCCAAAUUUAAACUAUAACCUUUGCACAAUUGUUUCUUUUAAUCUUAACUGUCAUGUGAAUCAAAUGUUUUUAUUUAUAUAUAGAAUAAGUAGGACAUUAAAAUUUCUGAUAAAAUUUAUUC